UUGGCGCCACGUAGCGAAAAGAAGAAACGACUGGCGUGCUGUUGUUAACUCGCCUAUAAUCGCGUAAGCGGUGUCUACGCCAAUUAAGAAGAAGAAGACGUGAAAGAACCCGUUUUUGAGGUUCAUAACCGUAAAGAAUUUCCUUGAUUGCAUUUUCUCUAACACUUCGUCGAUGAUUGGAACAGGGAAACAAUCAUGAACUAUACCAACUUUACUCGUGCACUUGACUCUUGACACGCUCUGCUGCACAUAAUCGAGUCGGACUUUCAUUGAAAUUAAUAAAGUCGUCUUUUGGUAUUAUUUUCAGCUGAAUAGGAUAUUCAAUCGGAUGAACUACAGGAUUGUAUUCGUUUAUUAAUUUAAUAAUAUCAUUUCUAUAUUGAAGCGGAACAUCAAUUUCUGCCACCGUUUCUAUAAUAUUGUAUAGCCAUUUUAAUUCGACCUCUUCAUGUAUGUAUAUUUGUCUUAUCGGAGAAAAAAUAUCCCUUAGCAUUAAACUCUAAAUGGAAACGCUGAAUGAAAUCAUAUCCGACAAUAACUUCGUUGUUUAUUUUAUGAUCAGCUACGACAAGAAAUGUAUGCUCAGUUCUUAUAUUAUCAACUUCAACUUCUAACGAUAACGCACCUUUCGCCGCAAUCGUAAUAUUACCCAAACAUUUUAAUUUCGCAAAACCUUUUUGUAGGCUGUGAUUGCCAAAAUUUUUUCAUAAACACAUUGCUGAAUAAGUGACACAUCUGCAGCUGUGUCUAAUAAACAUGAGAUAUACUUGUUGCUAAUUCGAAGUCGCUUACUUCGUUUACCACUCGUUAGCAUGUUCACCGUUCUCUUCUGAUAUUCACAAUUUUUUGCGAUGUGACCAUUGCCGUUGCAUUUAAAACAUUUUGUUUCUGCCUUACAUUCUGCACGUAUGUAUUUAUGUGUGUAGAUGACCCACAAUUGAAACAAUGUCUACUUUCGCCCUCAUCGUCUUUAACAUUUUGUGCAAGCUUCGUACUCGUAUGAUUUCUUUUUUGUACUGUGCCGCUGCUACUCUGCUUGUAACUCAUUUGCUGUAUAAUCCCGAAACGCUCUUUUAGUUCUUAAUUCAUGUUUUAGAACUGUACUAUAUGGAUAUUUCAGAUCGUCACGCACCUUUAUUCCGUCCACAAUGUAGCGAAUAACUACUUCGUCUUCUAUCGACCCAAGUGCUGCCAGCUUCCUCAUUUGCAGAAUAUAUUCGUAAAAGUUCUCGUCGUUUUUUUUGCCUUUGCAAUAACUUCUGAUGUAUGUCAGCACUGUUGAACUUUAUGUCGAAUUCCUCUUUGAGCGCUUCGCACAAGGAAUCAAAGUUCGAAACACUCGCUAUUUCUUGGAACAGUUUUGUCGUUCCCCUCAUUUUAUUCCUGGCAUUUACAUAUUUUUGCUUUUCGGUAAGCUUAUAUGCGUCAGCAUUCUCGUUGAAAUUUUCCAACCACUUUUCAAUUGGAAUUGUCACGCCAUCAUAUUCUGGAACAAUUUUUUCGAAUUGGUCGACUGACACGUUUUUACCUGAGUUCAGCAUUUUCAAUAAAUCUACCAGAUCGCGUGAGCUUGUUCCAUUACCACACACGUCCGAGUUCUGAAUUUCGACUUUUUCCGCUGUUUCUCCAUUUCGCUCAACUUAAGUGAAAACGCGUUUUCUGUAUCAAUCUUUAAUAACUCUGGACCAACUUUUCUGCUUCGAAUAGAUUUUUUUCUGCUACUUCCUUCUUCUUUUUGUUAGAUCUGCAUACGGGCAUCAUUCUUACAACUUAUCCAUUCAAAGGUUGAGCUUGAGCGGUUGAACGGCUGAGCCCCCAUGUAAAAAGUGUAUUAUGUUUAUUAGAUAUAAAAUGUUGUUUAUAAUUUAUAAAAGUUAAAAUGAAUUGGUAUUUUAUUAAAUUGAAAAAUAGAUUAUCAGCUGCGUUUGCUCUUCUUCGCCAACUGUAUUUGACAACUGUAUUCGCCAACUGUAUUUUGUCAACUGUAAUCGCUAACUGUAUUUUGCCAACUGUCGCUACUCCUCGAUUACAACAUUACAUAUACUACUGUGACCAAACGGCACAUUGUAUUUAUUUUGAAAAUUCUUUAUUUAUUCUUCCAAAUCAAUUACAUCCCCUUCAAAGUAAUCCCCUCCCGAUGCAAUGCACUUAUGCCAACGGAUUUUCCAAUCUUCGAAACACUGGUUGUAGUCACUUUCCGGGAUGGCCUUCAGUUCCGUCUUCGCUGCGGCUUGAAUCUCCUCUAUCGUAUAAAAACGGUGUCCCCGGAGCGGUCUUUUGAGCUUGGUAAACAGCCAGAAGUCGCACGGCGCCAGAUCAGGUGAAUACGGUGGACAUUGAAUUUAUUUUGAAAAUUCUUUAUUUAUUCUUCCAAAUCAAUUUCAUCCCCUUCAAAGUAAACCCCUCCCGAUGCAAUGCACUUAUGCCAACGGAUUUUCCAAUCUUCGAAACACUGGUUUUAGACACUUUCCGGGAUGGCUUUCAGAACGAUAUGGGUUGAGUUUUUGGCAAAAUGAUCACGAAUUACGAGGGCAGUAUGGGAUGGUGCAUUAUCGUGGUGUAAAAACCAAGAAUUGUCUUUCCACAAUUCCGGCCUUUUUAAGUGGAUAGCGUUACGCAAACGACGCAUAACGUUCAAAUAAUAUUCCUUGUUGACUGUUUGAUCGGUUGGAAGGAAUUCAUAAUGCACAACACCACGAUAAUCGAAGAAAACAGUCAACAUGACCUUGAUUUUUGAUCGACUUUGGCGCGAUUUUUUUGGUCUCGGCUCUCUUUUGGCACGAUAUUCGCUCGAUUGAUCGGUUGUUUCGGGGUCGUAAGCAUAGAUCCAAGUCUCAUCGCUUCAUGACACCCUGGUAGUCGGAAAGCAUCGUUUCACACACUUCAACCCGACGCCAUUUUUCCAAAAAAUUCAAUGUUUUCGGUACCAGUCGAGAUUUGACGCGCUUGAGGCCCAAAACAUCCUUCAAAAUGGUAUUGGCUGAGCCUUUCGAUAUGCCAACUUCAUCAGCGAGGUCUCUAAUUGUUAAUCGACGGUUUUUCAACACCAGAUCUUUGAUUUGUUGAACGUGAGCUUCGUCGGUUGAGGUUGAUGGUCGCCCUGGACGCUCUUCGUCUUCGACACGUUCACGGCCGGCUUGGAACUCACUAUACCACUUGUAAAGAUUUUUUUUAGACAUAGCCUCAUCACCAAAGGCUUUCUGCAUCCAUAUGGACCAUGAAUUUUUUUCGUCCAUAUCUGUAUGGUGUACAAUUUGACUUACAAACUGAUCAACAAUCAUUUAAAUAGCUUCAUGCAAAAACACAAUGUAAUGAUGUGAACCAAAGAUUACAAAGAUGAAUGUUAACGUUAGGAGAAUAUAAUAUCAGCAUACAAUAUAUCCAAGGUAAAGAUAAUGAAGUGGCCGAUUUUUUGAGCCACAUAAAUUCGGAUAUUAAUGAAAUAAAUACAAUUGAAAAUCAAGAAGUUAUAGAAAACAAUUUUGAGGGACCUUUGGAUAAUGAUAUAUAUGAAAAUGAUUUUGAUACCAUACUCGAAACAGUGGUUAACCGUUUUAAAACACAAGCUAUUUUUACGAACUGAAAGAAAACUGAAUUCGAAACAAAAUUUGGCAAUAAAGUGGUAUAUAUAACUCUACAAGAUUUGGAAAACGCAUUAGUGCCAGAUAUGUAUUUUGAGAAGACAUAUCAAAUCGGGCAAUGUGGGAAUUUACUCAGAUCUAAAUGACCAUUACUAUAAUUGGUUGCAAAAGAAAAAUUUAGAAUCUUAUAGUAAAAGAGACAAUUAGGCAAUUCACAAGCUUUAUUGUAUGUCUUAUGUCAUAUUUUAAUAUUCUUAAAAAAUACGACACUUGUGAGCACCCUUAACUGUUGUAUGUCAUAUUUUGUCAUAUUUCUACACUUAAUCAGCUGAUAGUGCAAAAUUAAGGAGAUAGAAAUGCCACGAGAAAGUCAGAAAAAUAAAAUUAUAGCUUCUUUAUGUGAAAAUCAUGCAUUGGCUCUAUUAGAAGUUGAAUCAAGUGAGUAUUUGCAUAAAUUUCUUCAUUAAAUACAAAUAUUUAUACUUUGCCAGGUGACGAAGAAGACGAAGCUAUUGAAAAUUUUUUGAUCAGCAUGCGCUGUUUGCUGAGCAAGAGAAGAAGCGUUCAUUUCGGCUUACCAAAAUGUUCCAGUUGGCAACGAAAUGUGCUAAGGAAUUUUGACGAAAGCAGAUUCAAUCAGAUGCUUCGUGUUCGCCCGGAGGAAUGCGAACGUAUCUUAGAAUUAAUUAAAAAUGGCGAUGUUUUUAAGACAAGUUCAAGUGCUUUACAACUUCCAAUCGAACUUCAAUUCAAAAUAGUGCUGUAUCGGUUGGGAUCUUCCGGCGAUGGACAAUCUGUUCGCAAGGUGGCUUCCUUAUUUGGUGUGGUUGAUGGAGGCACUAUUAAAAAUGUAACGCAACGAAUUUUUAAAGCCAUAUUGCGAUUAAAAAAUGAGUUUUUAUACUGGCCCAAUGAAAGAGAAAGACUGGAAAUUGUGUCCGCAACUGCGAAAGAAAUGCCAGGGUAUGUGGGUUACAUCGAUGGUUCCGAAAUAAAAUUAGCUGAAGUACGCAUGCAGCAUGAAAUUUACUAUUCGCGUAAACGUCAAUAUUCUGUAAAACUACAAGCGAUUUGUGACUAUAAAUUGCGCAUAAGACAGGUGACGAUUGGUUACCCAGGCAGUGUACAUGACGCGAAAAUAUUUUCAAAUUGUUCACUAGCAAAGCAUCCGGAACGAUUCUUGUCGACAUCACAGUGGGUCGUGGGAGAUAGUGCCUACCCACUGAAACCAUAUUUAAUAACGCCCUUCCGGCAAAACAGUGUUGAACAUAGAAAAGAAGAAAGGGAUUUAUUCAACGCGUAUUUUUCCAAAUACCGUGUACGAAUUGAGAAUUGUUUUGGUCUUUUGAAAGAGAAAUUCGGUAGUUUAAAGGAGCUUAAAUUUAGAAUGCUUUCAAUGUCAAAUAAGAAGGAAUGCAAUGACUGGAAUAUGGUGUGUUGUUUUCUUCACAACAUGUUAAUCAGUUUCGAUAUAGAUAAUGAAAACAGCAAUGAAGUUUUGAUGCCUCAAUUCCCUUUAUCAUCAGAAAAUAAUAUGAGAAAUUGCUUGCUUCGUUAUAUACAAAAUAAAAAUAUUUAAUAUGUACCUAUACACAUAUGUAUGUAUAUGCAUUUG